AGAAUCUCGGCUCUCUGUCCGGUGUGUUGUGGACCGGAGGCGGCUCGGUUCUGUGGAUGUUCUGCUGUAGGGAAUAAGCCGAGGUGUUGGCAGGGAGGCUGGGUGUUGGAGGCGCUGCUCGGUUCGAGGCUGCAGCGGGAUGUGAGAGGUGCGCAGCGAGGAUCGACACUGAAAACAGGAUGGAGGCCUUGCUGAACGAGUGGCUGUGGCAGGAGGAGUUCUGGCUUCCUCCUGGGAUCCGCUGGCGGGACAUCGAGAUGAAGGAGGACGAGGGUCGGUUCCCUCUUCCCAGAGACCUCAUCUACACCUUACCACUGGCCUUCGCCUUCAUCGCCCUCAGAUACGUCUUCGAGAGGCUGGUCGCUCUCCCGUUAAGCAGAAUUUUAGGUGUGAAGGAUCGGAUUCGGGUUCGAGCUCCGUCCAUCCCGAAGCUGGAGGCGUUCUACAAACAGAACAGUCGGCAGCCGUCGCAGAGUGAGGUGGUGAGUUUGGGGAAGCAGUGUGGACUCUCCCAGAGGAAGAUCCACACCUGGUUCAGACACAGGAGGAACCAGGACCGACCGAGCAACACCAAAAAGUUCUGCGAGGCCUCAUGGCGGUUUGUGUUCUACGUUGUAGCUUUCACAGCAGGACUCGGCUCUUUAAUUAACACUCCCUGGUUCUGGGAUCAUAGAGAGUGUUGGAGGGGUUACCCCAAACAGCCCGUCUCCGAGGCUCACUACUGGUAUUAUGUCCUGGAAAUGAGCUUUUAUUUGUCGCUGCUUCUGUGUGUUUCUGUGGACGUCAAGAGGAAAGAUUUCAAGGAGCAGGUCAUUCAUCACAUUGCAACCCUCUUCCUCAUCGGUUUCUCCUACUGCGGCAACUACGUGAGGGUGGGAACGCUGGUGAUGCUGGUGCAUGACUCCUCCGACUUCCUCCUGGAGUCUGCGAAGAUGUUCCACUACGCCGUGUGGACGAGGACGUGCGACUCGCUGUUCAUCGUCUUCGCUCUGGUCUUCCUGGUCACGAGGCUGGUGGUGUUUCCAGGCAGAGUCGUCCACACGACCCUGGUGGUUUCUCUUGAGUUCUUCCAGCCGUUCCUCGGUUACUACUUCUUCAACGCUCUGCUGUUAGUGCUGCAGGCGCUGCACGUCUUCUGGGCAUAUCUCAUCCUGCGUAUGGUCUACAAGUUCGUCUUCCUGGGAAAGGUUGAACGCGACGAACGAAGCGAUGAAGAAAGCAACGUGGACGAGGAGGAGGAGGAGGAGGAGCCUGAGGACGAAGGUGACGAGUGCAGCUGGGAGCAGAGGAAAGGUGCCAUCAACUCCAAGCUGGCGUCGCUGGCCAACAACUGCGUCCUGAACAACCUGACCAACCAGAGGAACAUCAGCAGCCGACUGCCCAAAGCCAGAUAGUGGAGCAGCUUCAACCUUCAGGAGAUUAACUGAUUUCUGCCACAUCCAGCACGGUCCGUCGAUGAUUUCAGGUCUGCAUCCUGCUUCUCUUCAAAAUAAGGCAAAAAAAAGCACCGAUGAUUGUAGAUCUUCACAACCAGGUUGAGAUGAGGAGGAAACGCCAUCACUAAUGCUGAAAAUAGACAUUAAUCUGGCAAAACAGGGAGAUUUCUCACAUCUAAUCGUAGUUUGUUUUGCAGAUUUUGUUAUUUAUGCUUUUUUCUUUUCGCUGUAUCAUAAUAACUCGUGUGUAAAUAACUCAUUUUCACUCAUUUUUUGGUGAAAAAAAAGAAAAACUGAAGUUUUUAUUCAAAAUAAUCAUGUAAUAUGUGCUAUAAUAUAUUUUAAAGAGAACAAAGUGAUGAUUUAAUUCACCCCCACAGCUUUAUACACAUGGACGUGCUGUGUUUGAUUGUAUGUAGAAGAUUAAUACACUGAUUGUAGUGAAAUCUGUUGAUACAAACCACUUUUUAGACUAUUUUUAUGAAUCGUUUAUUUAACAUUUUAACGUCGGAAUCUGUGGCAGGAAGGAAAAAAUCCCAUAAAGGCGACAAAGUUGUAUUUUUCUGACAGGAUUCAGUUAUUUGAGAAUAUUAACGGCGCCCCCCGGUGCAUGAAGAACACCAUAAACUCCUCACGUCUGACAGAAUGGUGGCUUUUACGAACGACGUAUUGAUCCUGAAAAUACACACUUAUUUGUGUGUUUUUGUUUCUUUUUUUUCUACUUUAACCCUUGUGUCGUCCUGCGGGUCAAAUUGACCGUUUUAAAGUUUGAAAAUGUGGGGGGAAAAAAAAUUCACGGUGAAACUUCUGAUGUCCACAUUUUCAACAUUUUUAGUGGAAAAAAAGAGGUGUCAAAAGUUAAAAAUGUUUCUUAAGUACAUUGACAAACACUUUUUUUAUGUGUAUGUUCUUAAAGAAAAUAUUAGAAAUUUUACUGAUAUAUAUGGAAUCACUUUAGAUAUUUUUAGGAUUUUUUUGAAGGGUUUUACUCAUUUUUUGAAAAUAUUUACAAGAAUUUUCUUGCCAAAUUUGGGGGAUAUUUUUUAAAAUAAAACUUUUAAGGGAAACUUUUAAGGAAUUAUUGGAAUUUUCUUCCUGAAGGUUUUGCACAUUUUCAGAAAUUUGGUGAAUUUUUUUUGCUGAAUUUUUGGAUUUUUUUCAGACAAGGAAACAAUAUUUUUUGGUGUCUGUAAAUGAGGACAACAGGAGGGUUAAGAGAUCAAGGCAGCAUAAUUUCUCAGCGAGGUUUCCUUUGAGGUUUUUCUCCACCGGACUUUUGUUUUGUGCCUUGGCUGUAGUUUUUAUACUCGAUGUUAGAUUUACUUUCACUGGACAAACACUUGGGAAAGGCCUUACUGUGACUUGUGUAUAUGUUUCUGAAUGGAUAAGCCAUGAAAAUGGGCAUUAGGGAGAAAUUUUAGGUAGAUUAGAUGGAUUAUUUACAAAUGCUUUAUGUCUCAGAUGAAGAAUAAAGUCUCAGAGAGCAGACGGUGGUGGAAUAUUUUGAUAAAACUGUGCAGAGCUCCAGUGCUUUACUAGGAAUACGAGGUAACAGUGAAAUACAUGCAGGUGUCUGAACUGCUGCUGGACUCCACAUGUGUUCAACAAUACAAAUGUUGUUCAGAAAGCACCACAAAAUACACACAAUACAUAAUGACAGGUUAGUACUGGGUGGCUGCUGUGUUCGAAAUAUAAUAAUAUGAUAUGUAAAGAUGUGUGUGAUGUGAGUAGAAACAGGAUUUAAAGGCGCUGAGGUGUAAAACAUUAACCCUCCUGUUGUCCUCAUUUACGGGCACCAAAAAAUAUUGUUUCCUUGUCUGAAAAAAAUCCAAAAAUUCAGAAAAAAAUUCCCCAAAUGUCUGAAAAUUUGCAAAACCUUCAGGAAGAAAAUUCCAAUAAUUCCUUAAAAGUUUCCCUUAAAAGCUUUUUUUUUUUUUUUUUUAAAUACCCCAAAUUUGGCAAGAAAAUUCUUGUAAAUAUUUUCAAAAAUGAGUAAAAAUCUUCAAAAAAAUCCAAAAAAUAUCUAAAGUGAUUCCAUAUAUAUCAGUAAAACUUCUAAUAUUUUCUUUAAGAACAUUCACGUAAGAAUUUUUUUAUGUGAAUGUUCUUAAGAAACAUUUUUAACAUUUCUUUUUUUCCACAAAAAAUGUUCAAAGAUUUCCCAAAAAUAUUGAAAAUGUAGACAUCAGAAGUUUCAGUGUGAAAUUAUAUUUUUUCCCACAUUUCCAAACUUUAAAACGGAUCAGUUUUGACCCGCAGGACGACACGAGGGUUAAGUGGGAUUGAAAGGCGCUGAAGUGUAAAACAUUAAGUGGGAUUUAAAGUGAAGUUAAAAGGGCUGAUCCACUGAGUGACACUUCCAGACCCACUGGAAUAUAGUUUGUUUUUUAAUUAAUAUAAAAGCAGAGAAAUGUUCUGCUUCCACUAAAGUUACUCUUGACUGUUAUAUUCUGAGUGCACAUGGAUGCUUUGUUGAAAGGUUUUAAUAAAUUACUUCUAUUGAAUAAAUUAA